GGAUAUACACAUGACAGGAGUAACGUGACUUGUGGGACUGGAACAUGGCGGAUGUCGAAACAGCGAAAUCUUUGAACGGUUUGCUGAAUGGAAUAGCACAAAUAGUGUAUUAUAAUAAUGCUGAAAUAACAGAGGAACUUUUGAAAAAUGAGCUUUAUCCAGACUUAACGCAGGAGGAGUUUCGCGCGAUGCAUGAAAAGAUGAAAGGUCUUUUAAAGUCCAUCGCCACUGCUAACAUGGACCAGGCCCAGCUGGAAGCCUACCUGACUGCCCAGACCAGGAAGCAGGGCACGGGGGGUGUGAGCGCCGAGCAGGCGGCCGCCCUCUCCCGGUUCUGGAAAAGCCACCGGGCCCGGGUGAUGGAGAGCCUGCUGGGCCAGAGCCGCUGGGAGCCUGGCCUGAAGGGCCUCACCUGGAGGGUGGACCUCCAGACCUCGGCCAGCAGAGGGGGGGCCACCAGCAGUCCCGUGGCCCUGGUGGAGCUGGAACUGGGCAGGGCUGGAGAGGACUCAGACUUUGUGUGUCUGGAGUUUGACGAGGCGAAGGUGAACCAGGUGCUGAAGAAGAUGGCUGAGAUCCAGGAGAGCAUCGACACCAUCGUACACCGCAGCUAGGGUCUAAAUGUGUGUGUGUGUGUGAAUAGAAAGAGAGGAAGGCUCCCAUUCUGUAGAAUAAAUUGUGGUUUCCUGUCUUUUCCUGUCAUUUCCUGUCAUUUCCCUUCAUUCUAUGACUUGGACAGGAAACAUUAGCCUGCCUUACAGCAGACAGGACAAAUAUGCCUUAUGUAGAUGUAUCUUUAUACCUUAUUUACUGUACACACUGGCUAGAAAUUGAACUGACAAGAUUUGCUAUUCUACAUGACAGACAAGCCUAUCUGUUCUACAUGCAAAAUAAUUAUCUGAAAUAUGUUGUAUGGUUGCACCCUCCUGGACAGGCCUACGUGCUGUCCCAAAUGGCCCAAUGUCUUAAAUAUCCUUAUUUUCUUGUCUCGUUUAUUUUGGAUUGAUUGGAAAGACUUUUCAUUGUUGAAAAGCAAAAUUAUGGAAAUGUCUCUGGUCAUUUAUCUAGGACAUUUUACUGAUUGACAAUAUAGAUAAGAAGCCUUUACUAGAGGAAUGUGUAGUUAAAUGCAGUAAGUCUGCUAAUAUGCGCUAUUUCUAACUGGAUAAUUGAUAGCUUCAACAUUCAAAGUAGUAGUUUUAAGGGUAAUACAAAAUAAGUAAAUGGUGCACAUUCAUGUUAUAAAUGUAUUGUUUAGUUUGUCGUUAUCGUGAUAAUUCAGUCAAUUUAUCGUGAUAUGGAUUUUUGUCCAUAUCGCCCUGCUCUAAUGGAGGUCCAUGUCAUCGUUUUUACCCCCAUUUGCAGAAUGGGAUAUCAGGCUACCUAGCUAAACACUUUGGACCAGGUGUUAAAAUGUUUUAUUAAACUGUGACAAAGUGUAUCAAAGGCUGCUUUUCAUUUUGUCUUUGUAAUUAAUAAAACAAAGUUAAAGGA